AUACGCGUCCGCUAUCGUUCUUGUGCGGAAAAAGAAUGGAGAAGUGCGCAUGUGUAUAGAUUACAGGCCGUUGAACAAAAUUACUGUGCGCGAUAAUUAUCCAUUGCCACUGAUAGAUACAUGCAUUGAGCAUCUCAGCAAUAAGCGGAUUUUUAGCCUGAUGGAUUUAAAGAGCGGAUUUCAUCAGAUAGCAAUGAAUGAAAAAUCAAUUCCAUACACAGCCUUUGUAACUCCUGAUGGCCAAUAUGAAUAUACAAAAAUGCCAUUUGGCUUAAGAAAUGCACCAUCCCAAUUUCAAAGAUUCAUUAAUUCGGUGCUGUGCGAAUUUAUAGAGCAGGGAAAACUUGUUGUCUAUCUGGACGACAUAAUUGUUGGUAGUGAAAACUUUGAAGACCAUGUUCAAACACUCAGUGCGGUAUUAAAAACAUUGCGCAAGAAUGGGUUGGAGUUAAGGCUGGAUAAAUGUAAGUUUGGCUACAGUGACCUUGACUAUCUCGGUUACCAUGUAAAUGCCAACGGUAUUCAUCCGAGUGAUCACCAUCUUCAAGCAAUACUUAAUUAUCCAGUUCCCAGAAAUGCUAAAGAAGUUCAGCGUUGCUUAGGUCUUUUCUCAUAUUUCCGGCGAUUUGUACCAUCUUUUUCGAGAAUUGCCAAACCAUUGAGCAAUUUGCUGAAGGAAAAAACACCUUUCCAGUUUGAUGAUGAUUGUAUGAAUGCUUUUCAAGAAUUAAAGACAAAACUCCUAAAUUCUCCAAUACUAGCUAUUUUCGACCCCAAACGCGAAACACAACUCCACUGUGACGCUAGCUCGUCUGGUUUUGGGUCAAUGCUAUUGCAGAAGCAGGAUGAUGAUAAAUUUCAUCCCAUAGCAUAUUUUUCGAAAACAACAUCUUCGUCUGAAUCUCAUCUUCACAGCUAUGAAUUGGAGAUAUUGUCGGUGAUUUAUGCCCUUAAACGCUUUCAUCAUUACGUACACGGCCUUCACAUAAUUAUUGUAACCGAUUGUAAUUCGCUAGUUGAAACUCUCAAGAACCGAAGCUGCUCUGCUAAGAUCGUGAGAUGGGCUCUUUUUUUUGGAAAAUUAUAACUAUAGCAUUCAAUAUCGCCCAGGAAGUACCAUGGGUCACGCAGAUGCUCUUAGUCGCGUAUCAAUGGCAGGUGCUGUGAGCGAAUUGGAUAUUGAUUAUCAGUUGCAAAUUGCUCAAACACGUGAUCCGGAGAUAAUCAAUAAUAAAUUCGACACAAGCCGGAAUUUUGGUAGUUCUUGUUUAGUUCUAUUUCGUCUCAAGCGUUGUACCCCAAUCAUCGUUCAGUGGCCAAACGUCACAUGAAUCGCGCCCCGCGUUGGGGUGCCAUAAGCCCCCUAUACACUGUUGUGCAUAUCUGUCAUAACCCUUGUGACAAGAUGAUGGAAUGUGACAAUCAAGAUAAAAGAAGAACUGGAAAAUGAUUUGUCAGAAGGGUUUGCACUUCACGAUGGUGUAGUGCAAGGUGUUAUAAAUGACAAGGUGAAGUUGUUCAGAGCAAAAUGACAUUUCUCGACUUGACAUUUCUCUUCCGUGGACUCCGGUAUAAAAAUCGGGGAGGACUGGUGCGGGGUAAUGAAAUUUGUAUGCAGAGAAUGACAGAUGUCCCCCACAAUGUCGCCCAGCAAAAGCGAUAAAAAUCAACCUUCUAAAUACAUUAUCCUUGGGUGUAGUGUAUCGUGAACCGUCUGUGUUAUGAACUGCUUAUAUUUUAUUUAAACACGUAUAACGUACAUAAUAAAUACUGAUACACGAAAUACAAACACGUUAAAAUGUACAACACUUUACAACGUAGGCCGCGCGCCAGCCGCACCGAGCGCCCCUGCCGAGAGCUCCUGCUCGAUCGGCCUUCGUACACACUCUGCUCGGCGCUCGGCACACACUAAGCCUUGCGCGCUUAGUGUGUGCGACAGUGUGCGUGUACACACUGUCGUCCCCCUGGACGUUGACCGGUGGCAGCGCAACUGCCACGGCAAGUCCAGGGGUCGGCACGCACGGCUGCCCACAACAGUCUGCAGGAAAACUUUUACUGUUAGUACCGAAACAAAUGAUCAACAAUGUUAUGGGUGGACAAUUUUAUCAAAAACUGUUUGAAAUGCAUUAUGUAUUCAGCACCCGCUCGCAAAAAUAAGCGUAACCUUCACAGUAUUUCAAAGAAUCCCGUACCGUUCGAUACUUUGUGUUGCAGUCCGCCGAGACUGCAGCCUCUUCGCACACUCGAUGCUUUCCGUGAACUGACAGCAUUCGAUGUGUAGCGAAUAUAGUCGUCUUUUUCUCUCUCUCUCUCGUGCAUGAUCGAUUACGAUCGGGGAUCCUGCGAUGUAACGAACACUCGGGAUUUUAUCUGCACCAGCAAUAGACGUGGCUAGCGCGCGCGGCACCGUAUUCCUUUUCCUUUUAUCAUUUGAUCGUUUUUAUAUAUAUAUGUUUGUUAAAAUAAAGUAUAAGUUAACAACAACAUAAAAGUGGCGACGAGUUUAAGUGGAAACGGUCAACGACAAGUAGGGAAACGCCGCAGAAUGUCCAGCCCAGAAGAGACGCCGAUCAUUGAGGAGCAACGUCGUCUCUCACAAAAUGGGGUCCUGAACACAGGGUUCAUUCACCCCCAGCCACCGCAGCACACGCCAUCGGAUUCAUCGACGCUGCAGCAAACGCUGCAGCUUUUACAAAAGCAAUUGGCCCAACAGCAGCAGCAAAUGGCACAGCAACAGCAACUGUUAUCGCAGCUCGUGCAACAACAACAGCAGCAGCAGCCACCGACCCCCGAUCUGCAAUUUGUGCCAAAACCGAGCAACCCGGAGUUGAUACUGGAAGCCCUCGCCGGUAAUAUUAGUGAGUUCCGGUACGAUCCAGAAGCGGGAGUAACCUUCGAAUCAUGGUACACGCGGUAUGUAGAUUUGUUUCGUGAGGAUGCUUCUCGCUUGGAUGACGCCGCCAAGGUUCGACUCCUGAGACGUAAGCUUGGAACCGCUGAACACGCCCGGUUUAGUAAUUUUAUUUUGCCGCGUGCACCGCGAGAUUUCAGCUUCAACGAAAUGGUGGAAAAGCUUACCGUCCUGUUCGGCAAAAUGGAGUCGGUGUUAAGCAAACGCUUCAAGUGUCUUAAUAUUACCAAAACGCGCACCGAGGAUCUGCUAGCAUUUACCUGUCGAGUUAAUAAAGCGUGCGUCGAUGCAGAAUUUUCUUCGAUGACGGAGGAAGAUUUUAAGUGCCUCAUCCUCGUAUGCGGAUUAAAGGACGAAAGCGUACAGGACAUAAGAAUGAAACUGUUAGCCGCCAUUGAAGACAGGAAGAAUGCCACCCUAGAGCAGCUAGCAGCAGAUUGUCAACGUUUAGUGCGUGUAAAAGCUGAUAGCGCUAUGAUCGCUACGGACACUAGUGAGCGAGUACAGGCAGUGCAAGCCAGAAACAACCGCCAGUGGCAACGAAACACCAACAACGAGCGCUACCCCAAACCAGCACCCCGAAACGAAGCCUCCAAACCCCGCACCCCGUGCUGGCUUUGUGGUGCCCUGCAUUGGACCCGUGACUGCACCUACAGAACCAACAAGUGCCGGGAUUGUGGACGUACAGGACAUCGAGAGGGUUUCUGCAACUCGUCACAACGGCGCAGAGGACGACCGCGAUUCGAUCAUCGCCGUGCAGUGUCAUCGCGAGUAGUACGUGUCAACGUGUGCAGCGUGCAGCAGAAGCGGAAAUUUGUUAGCAUACUCAUCGGAGAGAAGCCAGCUCGACUACAACUAGACACCGGAUCGGACAUCACUGUCAUUAACCAGCAACUAUGGAAGCAGUUGGGUAAGCCUCACCUCAACCCACCCAAGGUAAGAGCGAAAGCAGCUACUGGCGAAGUUUUCGGCCUUCAAGGUGAGUUUGAAGCGAACGUGAGCAUUAAUAAUACCACCAAGCAAGCGACAAUUCGCGUGUCAAAAGCGGAUGUGUCAUUGUUCGGGGCUGAUUUAAUUCAUCUUUUCGGCUUGGGGACCGUUCCGAUGGAUAGCUAUUGCAAUCACAUAGGUACAGCUGAACCACGAUCCUGGGAGAAAGAAUUUCCUUCGCUUUUUAGUGGAAUGGGCCUGUGCACCAAGGCACAAAUUCACCUACAGCUGCAACAAGGGAGCAGACCAGUUUUUCGACCGAAACGUCCGGUUGCAUACGCGAUGGAAGAUGCUGUAAAUAAAGAGUUGGAUCGGCUUGAGAAUCUAGGCAUCAUCAGUUCCUGCGACUAUUCGGAUUGGGCAGCACCAGUCGUAGUGGUUCGAAAGGCGAACGGCAAAAUACGGCUUUGCGGAGACUAUAGCACCGGACUCAAUGCAGCAUUACACCCGCACGAAUAUCCGCUUCCUUUACCCCAGGACAUUUUUUCUAAGCUAGCCCGUUGCGUAAUAUUUUCACAAAUUGAUUUAUCCGAUGCAUUUUUGCAGGUCGAAAUAGAAGCAAAGAGCCGACCCCUGCUGACAAUUAAUACGCAUCGUGGUCUAUACCAUUACAACAGGCUUCCUCCAGGCAUAAAAGUGGCCCCUGGUGCCUUUCAGCAGAUAAUGGAUAAAAUGCUCGCUGGGGUAAAUGGAGUAUCUGCUUACAUGGAUGACGUAAUAGUUGGAGGGAAAACACAGGAAGAGCAUGAUGCAGCUCUUGAAGAAACGCUGAAGCGCAUAAGGGACUAUGGGUUUACCAUCCGGAGUGAAAAGUGCGCAUUCAACAAGUCGGAAAUACGCUACUUGGGGCAUAUCAUCGACAGCCGAGGCCUACGACCCGACCCGGCAAAGAUCGACGCCAUCAAAAAUUUGCCUGCUCCAAAAGAUGUCACAGGCGUUCGAUCAUUCAUCGGUGCGAUAAAUUUUUAUGCCAAGUUUAUCCCCAACAUGCGUAACUUGCGCUACCCAUUGGAUAAGUUGCUGCUAGCCGGAAGUGUGUUCCAGUGGACACCCGAAUGUCAGAAAGCUUUUGACCAAUUUAAAGCCCUCUUGUCCACGGAGCUCUUGCUCACACACUACGAUCCAACGCGCGACAUAGUUGUGUCCGCCGAUGCAUCAUCAGUUGGCUUAGGAGCAACGCUAUGCCACAAGUACCCAGACGGAUCCCUAAAAGUGGUACAACACGCAUCCAGAGCACUCAGCAAGGCGGAGAUUGGUUAUAGCCAAAUCGACAGAGAAGGAUUGGCAAUAAUUUUCGCUGUAACCAAAUUUCAUCGCAUGAUAUACGGUCGUCAUUUCACACUGCAGACCGACCACCGACCAUUGGUACGCAUAUUUGGCAGUAAGAAAGGAAUUCCGACAUACACAGCAAACCGGCUGCAGAGGUUUGCACUUACUCUUCAGCUGUAUGACAUGGACAUCGAGUAUGUAGCAACAGGCUCAUUUGGAAACGCCGAUGUGUUAUCUCGGCUCAUACAUCAUCACGCCAAACCUGAAGCUGAAUACGUCAUCGCCAGCCUGGAGUUAGAAAACGACUUAAGGUCAGUUGCCAUUAAUGCGCUUAGCUCAUUUCCUUUAUGUUUUAGAGACGUUGAGACAGCUACGCAGACUGACCCCUUGCUCCGGAAAGUCCAUAAGUACGUGCAGGACGGAUGGCCGCAUGAUGUUUCAUUCGGAGCAGAUUUGGCACGGUACCACAAUAGGAAAGAAUCGCUCUCAACCGUUGAGGGGUGUAUACUUUUCGGGGAGAGAGUGGUCAUCCCGGAGAAACUGCGUUCCCGUUGUUUGCUGCAGCUGCACAAGGGUCAUCCGGGGAUGCAGAGAAUGAAGGCGAUUGCGAGAAGCUACCUGUAUUGGCCAAUGAUCGACGACGAUAUUGUGAGCUACGUGGCAUCUUGUGAAUCCUGUUUGGCAGCCGCUAAAGCACCCCCUCGAGCAACACCAGCGACAUGGCCAACACCAUCGGGCGCCUGGCGUAGAGUACACGUGGACUAUGCUGGGCCACUGGAAGGGUAUUUCUUUUUAGUGGUGGUUGACGCUUUCUCCAAGUGGCCUGAAAUCUACAAAACUACGAGUACAACAACAUCUGCCACCAUCUCCAUGUUACGGAACAUUUUCGCUCGCUUCGGUAUGCCUGAAACGUUAGUUAGCGACAACGGUCCGCAAUUUACCAGCGCCUUGUUUGCGGAGUUUUGCAACAGCAGCGGGAUCGAGCACAUCACGACAGCACCGUUCCAUCCGCAAUCAAAUGGACAGGCGGAGCGGUUCGUCGAUACGCUGAAACGAGCACUGCGGAAGAUCCAGAGCGACGAGACGUCCCUUGAUGAGGCCCUGGAAUUGUUUCUCAUAACGUACCGAUCGACACCAAACGCGCAGUUGAACCAGCAGAAAUCUCCAGCUGAGGAAAUGUUCGGCCGCCCCAUCAGGACAGCACUGGAGCUGUUGCGGCCCCCAUCAUCACACUCACUAUCUCCUUCCUCAUUUAUUUCAGUGCGAAGUUUUCAGCCUGGCGAUCUCGUUUCUACAAAAUCUUUCUAUAGAAACUCAUGGAAGUGGAUACCGGGAAAGAUCGUUCGUAGCUGUGGACGCGUUAUGUAUGACGUCAUUGCGAGUGAUGGACGUUUACUUCGGCGCCACAUAAACCAAAUCAGGCGUCGUGCGGUAGCCCGUGCACCUGAGGGACCUCAGCUGCCGCUUGAUGUACUGUUAGAGGAAUGUUCUUCUUCUUCUUCCCGACCAGAGCCAACCCAGCCGGAGCUGGAACCAAUCAUAAGCGAGCCAACAGCGCUUCCACGGUCAUCGCUCGCUUAUUCAUCACUAGCAGCGACUACCCCGAUGGAUGUUCCUUUGACGACAUCCAGCUCGCUACCUCCUGCCGACCUCGAAAACCGUCAAGGAGGUAGGACCGAUCAGCGCCUGAUAGAUUUGCCACGCAGGUCUUCUCGAGUAAGAAGACUUCCGCGUCGGCUCGGAGCCUAUCAGCUCAUUUAGCCGGGGGAGAUGUUGCAGUCCGCCGAGACUGCAGCCUCUUCGCACACUCGAUGCUUUCCGGGAACUGACAGCAUUCGAUGUGUAGCGAAUAUAGUCGUCUUUUUCUCUC